AUCUUGUAGUGCACACCUUCCAGUAAAGUAGGUGGAGGUAAGCACCUCUCACCUUCAUGUUUGAGCCACAAAUAAAUACAACGAAGAAGAAGCGCUUUUUGUAAAGGGCGUGGUUUCAUUGGAGCCAAAAACCCCGAAAAGGGCUGUUGUCGUUUGUAAAGAAAUUGGAUGUGUACUUAUUUGCCAUAAAAUAAGAGUGAGAGAAAAAUGGAUGCAGGUGAAGACCAAAACACAGGUGCUGCCAAUGGCGCUUCUCAAGCGAGUGGAAACUCCCGGCCACCCCAGAUAGCCCACAUGUCUCUGUAUGAGAGACAGGCUGUACAGGCUCUCCAGGCCCUACAAAGACAGCCAAAUGCAGCUCAGUACUUCCAGCAACUUAUGCUGCAGCAGCAGAUCAAUAAUGCCCAACUGCAAAAUUUAGCUGCUGUGCAACAGGCCACACUUGCAGCUAGUCGACAGUCCAGUUCUCCAAGCAACAGCAUGUCUCAGGCUACCACCACUGUGAACCUAAGCACUUCUUCUGCAGGCGGGACCAUGAGCAGCCCACGUCCCCAUGGACCAGCCACGUCUGCAACCACUACUACUGCUUUGAACCAGUCAGUGUUACUGGGUGGAAACUCUGCAGGACAGGGGCAGAUGUAUUUCAGGGUCAACCGCUCUCUCAGAGCUCCCCUUGCUUCUCAACUCAUCUUCAUGCCUGGUGGUACACCAACAGCUACAGUAGCGACUGUUGCCCAGCAGCAGCAGCAGCAACAACAACAGCAGCAGCAGCAGCAGCAUGAAGUCUCUCCUGCUAACCCCAGUCCCCAGUGUGACAGUGAUCAGGUACAGAACUUGGCUCUACACUGUGCUAACACUCCAAGAGCAACUUCUGUCAAAUCUGAGCUUCCAGAGAGAAAAGAUGCUGCCAGUUUCCCCAUCACUCACCAGCAACAGCAGCAGACAUUCUCCCAGUCACCUCAGCAACAGCAAGUACAACCACAACAGCAACAACAAAUGGCCAAACCAUUACCCAACUAUGUGCAACAGUCGACCACUAACACCAUGACUGUAAAGACUGGAAACCAGGCUGCCAUGACUGUUACUCCUGCAGUUUCUGUGGCUCCUUCCUCCUCUUCCUCCUCCUCCCCCUCUCCAACACUUCCUCUCCAACAACUCCUCCUUUCCCCCUCUGGACUGUGCCAGGCCAGAGCUGUCACCACAGUUACCCCUGCUGCCACUGUGACACACAUCCUGGUGCCCACCUCAAAUGUUCCUACCUCCACUCAGGGCUACCCUAUUGGUUCAGUGGCUCCAAAAACCAGUGUCAGUGCGCAGACUCUGGUCGUGCAGCCUCUGCAGCAGACCAGCACAGCUGGAGACAAAGGCCCUGUGCCAAUCCAGCCCAAAACAGCUCAGUGUCAUCGAUUACCUGCACAACUGCCCCCUCGACAUCCAACACCCAUUCUUCCAGCACCGCCAAGCAGCACCCAGGCUUCAGUGGGUGGACACAACCCUCCUCAUGUACCUGUGCAGCUUGUUGGUGCCAGACAGGGCCUACCAGGAAGUGCACAGGCUGUGGCUUUGGCCCAGCCACGAACCAGUACACCCCAGGAAAUUACAACUGGUGGGAAUGCCAGUACAGUCUCCAGCAACACUGGUACUGCUACGACAAAGCCUGGUGUUGGCUCCCUGAAAAGAAAGUCUGUCUCUGACACGGCCAGUGAGAUAGCAAGUGAAACAUCAGAUUCUACACCAAUGAGAGAGUCUGCACCUCCCUUAUCCCCCGCCCCAGCAAAAGACUCUGCUCCUCCUGCAGCAGCAGCAGCUUUCUCAACUCCUCCAACCCUGUCGCUGCCUCUACCAUUAUCAAGAGUUGGACAUGGAGACAAAGACAGAGCACCUCUUCCUCAGGCGGUGGUCAAACCUCAGGUCCUCACUCACCUCAUUGAGGGCUUCGUCAUUCAAGAGGGAGCUGAGCCUUUUCCUGUUACUGGGCUGCUUAAAGACAGAGAUUUUGCUCUCGUUGGCCGCUCAGAGAAUGGACCUCCAUUGUUGAAGUGUGAAUACUGUGGAAGCCUUGCUCCAGCCAACCAGUUUAGAGGAUCAAAGAGGUUCUGUACAAACACUUGUUCCAAGAGGUAUAAUGUGAGCUGCAGCCAACAUUUCAAGACAAGCAGAGGAAGAAGUGCCGCAGGGCAGCAGAUGCCUAUACCGCCAACUGAGAGCGCUGCUCGACGCAAGGGUGCUCCUCGUAGGAGCAAUUCUGAAAUCAACAGCAGUAAACUGUCAAGCAGGCGUCUUCCUGUCAAGUGUCACUCUGAGUCCAGCCGCUCUGACAACAUAUCCAGUGAUGGAGAUGAUGAUGAAGAGGACGAGUCGCCUUCAAUGUCCCCAACAUCUUCACGCUCCGGCUCAAGAGGUAACCACAGCACUCCUCAGUCACCCCCUGGAAGUCUGGAAGGAGCCAGCUUUCUCCCAGCAACUCCUUCUCAGUGGAGUGUGGAAGAAGUCUGCAGGUUUAUCUCUUCACUUCAAGGCUGUGAGGAACUGGCUUCCCAGUUCCUGUCACAGGAAAUAGACGGACAAGCGCUGCUUCUUUUGCGUGAGGAUCACCUCAUAUCCACCAUGAAUAUCAAGCUGGGUCCUGCUCUGAAGAUCUGUGCUUCAAUCAACAACCUGCGAGAGUGAAGCCCUUGACACUACAGAGGUCUUCAUGGGUCCGUAGUUCCAAUUUAGCAGGGCCCACCUAAACCUGCUGUACAAUAAUGUAAGCCUGCAACACUUAUAUUCAGAAUGCAGUAUCCUACUGUGUAGUGUUACAGCAAGAAAUGAGAACUGACAACACUCCAGUUUGUAGCCAAUUAUUUUUUGUUGGGACAAAUUGAUGAAUCAGUAUAAAGAAACGGGACACGCAGAAGUAAAAGGGUUGGUGUGACGUGAAGCAAAGAUAACCCAGCUCGGAAUUCGAAUCAACAAUGCUUCUCCUCAAGGUGCUAGGUCACAUGCUCAGUAUAUCUACCUCUAGCCCACCUCUAGUAGCUGUUACAUGGACACUGAGGUUAGCCUUAUUUGUUGAAAAUUUGAUAUAUAUAUACAUACACACAUGCUGUACUGAAUGACACCAGAGUAGAGGGUUUGAUUGAGAAAGUCUUAAUAGACGCACUGCUCUCUUUUAAUGACAUGUUCAAGACGCAGCACACAUCAUGUAGUACGAUGGUGAAUAUCAUCAGUGCCCUGCUCAAGUGUAUCUUCUUCAAUGGAUGAAACAAGUUUUUGAUGAUUCGAUUCAGCCCUGUAUUUUUUUUAUUUUUCCCCUUACUCCUUCUGGCUGCAUCGGAUCUGAUCUGGCAUAAGUUGCACUCUGGCUGUCCUUUCUGAGGUAUCGCCAGAUGUACAUGGAGACUGGGACACAGAUGGCCUUCAACUGCAGACCUUCUUGUUGGGAGGCAGGGGCACUAAAAAUGGGAGCCAAUCUGAAAUAUGCCAGAUUCCAGAUCUCACCAGACAGCUUGAACAGUUAUACGUGAUGUGUCCCAAGUCACUAUGUCUGCAAAAAUUCAAUAAGUAACUGUAAAAACUACUUAUUCAGCUCUUAAAUUUUGAGUUCUGAUAGAUACAGAUGAGGACAAGAGAACCUCCCAUUCUGGCAUCUUGUAACCUGCACAAUAAAUUGUAGAUUCCUGGUGGCCACUAAGGCUUCUGUGCCUGUUUUUAUCCUUCUGGGGUCCACAAUUGCACCAGUGUGUCAGUUCACCAUUUCAUCAUAUUUCUAUUAAUAAAUAAGCAACUGAAUGUCAGACUUCGUUCGACCACCUGCUGAAACUAACGUCUCAGCUGUAGUUUCCAUCUCUCUUGAAGAUCUUUCACUCACAGCCAAUCCUAGAGGCUGGAGAAGAUCACACGACCAGUGUGUCUCACUGCAAGAGGCUGCAGCCAGUCCAACAUCUGUUAGUGGGAGAUUCUCACUGAAACACAUCAGUAAAGAGUCAUAAAAUCAAAAAGAACAUUACCACUGACCUGAAGACAUUCUUCAAGUUUUAUUUAGUCUUCCAGACAAAGCAAAUUGUGGAAAAACAUGGCGGGAUCAGGAUCAGCAGAGCAAUUUUUCUUCUUUUUUUUUUUUUUUUUUUUUAAUUUUAUUUUGGGGUUUUUUUACCCCACUGAACAAAUGGACAUUUUUGCAACAUGAACAGCAGAUAUUUCAUCACUGAAGGACUUUAUUCAUGCAAAAAGGAAUUACUGAUGACACAGGACCUCCAGCUCUCACUGGCGAGUGAUUUUUUUAUUUUACAUAAAUGCUUUUUUUUUUUUUUUUUUAUGUGCCAGGUCCCUCCUUUUAAUAUAUUAAUUGUUCUUGUGCCACAAAGACUUUGGCAAAUCCUGGUUCUAACACAAAACAGUUUGUCCACAAGAGUAAAAUGUAUAUUUACUAAAGAUUUGAAGAUCAUCGCAUCAUAUUUUCAGGUUUAAAGACAAAUGAUAUUAGAUAUCAUUUGUCUAGAUAUCUAGAACACUGUUCUAGACAAAUAUGACAAGAUUGCUCUGAACAUUUUGAUAUGUAACACAUGGCCAUUAUACGCAAGUAACUUAAAAGAGAAUGUGCUGAAGAUAUGGUAUUGACCUGGACGCAUCAGCGAGUCCCUGGAUCCUAGAGGGUUAAUGGAUUUAAAUUUUUACCCUUCAUAGUUCACAGCUUUGCUCUCCUCAAAUGUGCCGUUAUUCCAUGAUAACAGUCGUGAUCACAGUUGUAAACUGGAGUAUUCAACACAUUGAAACACAAUCUCUGUAGCCAGGGAACAGAGUGGACCUGUGAAGACCUCUCCCACAGUGUGACAACUAGAAGAUGAGGAUAAAGAUUUUUGUUUAUCAGUAAGUAUGAUGAGGAUGUGCUCUUUGAUUUUACAAAGUCAGGCCUGUGGGGGCAGUCAGGUGUUUUACAAAAUAAUACCAGUUUACAUUGACUUUCCUGAAUGUGCAAAAAGCCAAGUUGUUUCAAAUAAUAAGUGUGUGAUGUCUCUGUGAUGGUAAAAAUGUUUGUCAGUGGAAUUGUUACUCAAACUGCUCUACUGACAGCCUGCAAUAAUCAAUGCUAGUUAGCUGAGACAAUUAACCUGGUGAGAAAAGUUGCCUUCUUUCUGUGUUUCAGACAGUGCUUUAACUUUAUCAGUACAAUGACUGAUGCUCAGUCUUUUCUAUUAUAUUUGUCUUUUGGUAGUUUAACAAUUCAUGUUGAAUCCAGUCUGCAGGUCACACAAAACAAAGCCUGGUAUUUUCAUACAUUUAUCUUACCCAUUUUAAUGUUUUGUAUCUUUUCCCUUUUGUACUAGUCAUUUAUUAUUUUUUUCCAUGGACUUGAUGUAGUUGCAGUGACUUUGUUUGCAUUAACCAUAAAGUUGUUUUUUUUUUACCUUGUGGUUUGCCUUUUCAAAUGCUGAGUGAAAGUGCCCUGUGCACCUGUAUGCAGUACUA